AUGGCUUCGCUCGACCAUAGCCUGUUACCCAGGCUUAACCAAACUCACUUGACCCCCUUGCUGCUGGUGAUUCGAAAGGUGGGUCUGAAAGUGGAGGGUUCACAGUUCACUCUGGAAGGCUCUCCGUUCCGGAUCAUAGCCGGCACUAUAGACUACUUCCGAAUACCUAGGGAGUCCUGGAGGAUCAGCUUGAGGAAGAUGCAGGCUGGUGGCUUCAAUACCCUUACCACGCAUGUUCCUUGGAAUCUCCACGAGCCAGCAGUGGGCCAGUUUCAUUUCACUGGAAACAUUGACCUCAUAGCUUUUAUCACCAUGGCAUCAGAGGCAGGACUCUGGGUCAUUCUGUGUCCAGGCCCCUACAUUGGCAGUGACGUAGACCUUGGAGGCUUGCCCAGCUGGUUACUCAAGGAUCCGAAAAUGAGGCUGCGGACAACUUACAAGGGAUUCACUAGAGCAGUGAACCGGUAUUUUGAUCAGCUGAUUUCCAGGGUAGCACAAUUCCAGUAUAAAAGAGGAGGCCCUAUCAUUGCCGUGCAAGUCGAGAACGAAUAUGGUUCCUACUACAUGGAUAAAAAAUAUAUGGCAUAUGUAAAAACGGCUUUAGUGUCAAGGGGGAUCACUGAGCUGCUCAUGACUGCGGAUGACGGUGCGCAUCUGAAAAAGGGCCACUUGAAAAAUGUGCUUGCCACCAUCCACAUGAAGAAUAUAAAGAGAGAAACAUACGAAGACCUGGAAUCCAUUCAGGGUAAAAGCCCUAUACUGAUGAUGGUGUAUACAGCAAACUCUUUUGACACGUGGGGAGCUCUCCGCAACAUUGGAAAUCCACACAUGCUGACAAAGGAUGUUCAUGAGAUGUUCAACUUAGGGUUCUCCCUCAACUUCUACAUGUUCCAAGGUGGCACCAACUUUGGCUUUAUUGGUGGAGCUCAGUCUUCAAAUGGUUACCAACCUGUAGUAACGAGCUAUGACUACAGUGCACUGCUGACAGAGAGUGGAGAAUACACGUCGGAAUACCUGGAAUUUCAACAUUUUUUUCAUGUGCUUUUUAUUGCAGACGUUUUCUCGUUCGUUAAACCAAAAUCUAUACAGAUGACUGCCUAUAAGCCAUUGAAAUUGUUAUAUUUCAUGACCCUGUGGGAAGUCCUGCCCCAUUUGGUCCAGCCAAGCAAGUCUGUCAAGCCACUCUCCAUGGAGCAGCUGCCUGUGAACUAUGGGAAUGGCCAGUCCUUUGGGUACACGCUUUAUGAGACCACUGUCUUCAAUGAAGGCUUCCUCAGGUCAAGGGGUCAUAUUCAAGACAGGGGUCAGGUGUUUUUGGAUGAAAAGUAUAUAGGAGUUCUGGAUCAUUCCAAUGAUGAGCUGUUUAUUUUGAGAAAUCGCUCCAAGAAAAGUGAGGUUCUGAGGAUCCUGGUGGAGAACCAAGGGAGACUCUCUUCUGGCCAGGAUAUCAACAAGGAAAAAAAAGGGUUAACUGGAGACAUCUAUCUAGAGGAGUCUCCACUAAGAAAAUUUACAAUCUACAGCCUGGAUAUGGGAAAUAUGCUCAUACAAAGGAACCUUCCAAAGUCCUGGAAAGUAGUGACAAGCUAUGUUUUGGGCCCUACAUUUUUCUUGAGUUAUUUGAAAGCUGGAGACCCUCCCCAGGGCACCUUCAUAAAAGUAAAGGGUUGGCAAAAAGGUGUCAUAUUCAUCAAUGGACAAGUCCUAGGAAGAUACUGGAAUAUUGGCCCCCAGGAAACUCUUUAUGUCCCUGGCUCCUGGCUUCAUUCUGGAGUUAAUGAGAUCAUGAUGUUUGAGGAAUUGAGAGGCAGCCUACAGAUCCACUUCACAGAAGAUGCUCAACUAGGUAUGGCAUUCCCAAGGGACAUUUCAGCAUCUGGGACCAUUCUUUAG